AUGCGUCUGGAUCAAGAAGAAUCAAGAGUGACAAUCCCAAUUAUAGAAUCAAGAGAUGUAACCCCUGUUACGGAACCAAGAGCAGCAACUCCAAUUGAUAAGCAAGUGUUAGUAAUCGAUGAAGAACGG